AUGCCUCCAGGCCGCAAAUUGAAGGGUACGUUCGCAGACAUGGACUUCAAUGAACCAUUCGAGCGUGACCUCAGCCGAACAAACCCGUUCUCCUAUCACGUUAGCUUCCUCAUCUGUUUGCGGAAUGCACUACCAUUGACAACUCACCAUUUCCUUCAAAUACCGCCACAUAGCAGCAGCGCCCUCUUCAUCAUCAACAUUUACAAUCCUCAAAUCGCAGCACCAGAUCCAGGAAAUCCCAGGAACUUUCCGACCAUGGCUAGUCCCAGCCUUUCACCUUCUGAUCAGUCGCACGUACUAUGCGUCGGGCUCGACCAAGGGGAUGACUAUCCAACCACUGGCAACAGCCCAGAGCCUCGCGAACUCAGCCCUAGUCCCACGUUCUCCAUGCUUCUGGACGAGAUAGCCUCCGAUAGCCAUAGCCUCACACCAUCUCCAUCUCCUCGAGCUGUUUCUGCUCCUACCGGAAUCGAGAAUCGGAUCGACUUCGACACUCCAAUCUCCCGCCGCUCUUUCAGCGAUCCGGGCCCCAGGUCUCCCUGCUACGUAUACGCUGGCGACUCAGACGUGGAUGAGCUGAAGCAUCCGAGCAGAAGCCCAGUCUUAGAGCGAGAGCUCAUCGAUGAAGCGCGGAACCCUAGUGCAGAAGAGGGGAUUGUUGAUGAGACUCUGACAAAGUGUGGCGCUUGGGAGAUCGAUGAAGUGGAAUCUGCACUUUCCGACGACGGUGACGCUGGGUCUGACUGCCUGAGUCUGUUGCUGGAAGUCGUAGAUCUUGAAGGUCAAGAUCGACCUGCGCGAGCGCCAUGCACUCCUGGAGAGCCACCAAUGAGAUCAAACAGAACCUGCUCCAUCGGUCCACCACCGACAAGCCCACUACCCCCAAUCCCACCAGCCUCAAAGCUCCCAACCCUCAUGGAGAGACCCAACUUGGAUGUUCUGAACUCCCUCCAGCGCAUGAUCGACGAAGCGCUAGUGGCUAUGUGGUCCUCAACAGACGGAGUCAAGCCCUCCAAAGCUCAGAACUGCGCAGGGAUCGACAUGUGGGAUCCUUCCGUUUGGGAAGCGGGCAAUGAGCUGACCGAUUCCAGCUAUGAUGACGUUGGUAAGAACGCCGUGGAUAAGCAUGCCGAGCCACACCCAGGCACGCUAGUACGCUCAUCGGCUCUGGCAAAGAAAGCGGAGUCACGCACUCCCAACACGAACCUCUUACAUGGAGAAGCUAAACCGUCGGCGCCGCAACCGGUCAGGGCCCCCCAGGAACGCUCACCACCCGAACAGAUAAAGCAUUCUAAAGAGUGGAACCCCGUAGAACCCGUCGAUUCUACGAGAAAAUCCCUUCACGAGCUGAGGGACAUGGCUAAGCCACGAGAGCUCGCCCAGUUGCUAUCCGGACGCAGGUUCAGUAUCAUGAACGGCUCAACUGGCGAAAUAUACAUAAAGAAUGUCCCCUAUCGAAUGCUGAACUAUUUUUGCGGGUUUGACGUUAUAAAUGGAUUAUUAUUAAAGGACGACGACGCGCCAAUUGCACUCGAAGUUCCAGACUCGAAUGCCGAGAAGGGCGGUGUUGCGAGGGUGGUUAGGUACAUGAAGAAGUGUUGCGCGCCACAGGGCACAAGACCGACCGGGGAGCUGAUGGUGCCACCGAGCCUGAAAGAGGGUAUUGAGACCGUUAGGGCGUGUAAGGUCCUGGGGCUGCCUGCAGAUGCCGAGCGCAUUCAGACUUACCUAGUCCGGGAGAAGAUCGCCAAAGGCCAGUCAAGCAUGGAGGAUGUUGGGCUGCUCUGGAAGGGAUACCGUGGGAGUUUGAGAGAGUCUGCAUUUGUGGAUGCGCUGGUGUGGUAUGUUCUGAAGACCUUUAUGACGGAUGAGUAUGCGCCGUUGAGAGAGAGACUAAGGCAAGAACUCGGCCGUGGGAAGUUCCGUGAGGAAACGAAGCAGGAGUUCCUAGAGAGAUGCGAGGCGGAAAGAAUGGGGGCGGGAGGGAGAAAAGAGAAGCAGAAGAGCGGGACUAGCGAGAAGGAGACACGCCGAGGCAGCCUGGACCCAAACGGCUCAUCUUCCAUUCCUCCUCCACCGCCGUUCAAAACAAGGAAGCCCAGCUCUGAGGACCAGAUAAGCGCGCUUGAGUUCCUCACGGAUGGGAGACGUAGCUAUAAACCAUCAGCGCGGCUGGAGAGGAUUGACGAGUGCCUUCCCGACUCGCUGGGCCCCUAUGCAAGGGUCGAGAGGACUUUUGCGAAGGCCCCUGAUCCGGCCAAAGGAAGCAACAAGCCUCUUCCUAGUCGGCCCAGUUUGGCUAGCCCACGGACCCGCUCAUCGCCCGUCAAUUAUCCAGCAUGGUCAAGGCAUCCAAGACCGAACGAUAGGUCUAAGCGGCCGGGAGUGGAACGAAGCAAGUCCAGCUCGCAUAUCCGGGGGUUUUCCUCUGAGCAUUCUGGAAGUGAACCAUCGAAACGACCUGAUAGUCUGAAGUUCAGGACAUCUAUAUGCUUGAAGGACGCGUGGGCAAAGGUCCAAGGAAAGUGACCGCAGAACGAGGAGGCGAUGGGUUCCAGUUUCGGCGUAUAGCUGGCGUGUUAAGUCUAUAGAGUUGAGAAAUCACAUAAACCCUAGCAGCCUUGAAUAGAUGCAUGGCCGUAGGAGCGACUAUACGCAG